CGCUCGGUGGAGAGCCAGCCAUCUCUGUCGGGCUCCUCCCUGAAGGCGACAUCCGGAGCCCCAAGAUUGUGCCACCACUUAGCCGGCCCACUGGAAGACCCGAAGGCUCAUGCUCGGCAAAGCGGAGGGUUCCGCCCCGGAAGCGGAAGUGCGGGUGCGGGUUCUGGUCCACUGAGAGCCAGUCCCGUCCGCCUCCCAUUCCUCUUGGUGGUGUGUUGCGUUCUUUCUCCUGCCUGUGUCCCGCUCGCCGGCCCCGCCAUGCUCUCUCUAGACUUUUUGGACGAUGUGCGGCGGAUGAACAAGAGGCAGCUGUAUUAUCAAGUCCUAAAUUUUGGAAUGAUUGUCUCCUCGGCACUAAUGAUCUGGAAGGGGUUAAUGGUAAUAACUGGAAGUGAAAGUCCAAUUGUAGUGGUGCUCAGCGGCAGCAUGGAACCUGCAUUUCACAGAGGAGACCUUCUCUUCCUAACAAAUCGAGUUGAAGAUCCCAUACGAGUGGGGGAAAUUGUUGUUUUUAGAAUAGAAGGAAGAGAGAUUCCUAUAGUUCACCGAGUCUUGAAGAUUCAUGAAAAGCAAAAUGGCCAUAUCAAGUUUUUGACCAAAGGAGAUAAUAAUGCUGUUGAUGAUCGAGGCCUCUAUAAACAAGGACAACACUGGCUAGAGAAAAAAGAUGUCGUGGGGAGAGCCCGGGGAUUUUAUCAGGAGAACAGAUCAGUGGAGGACAGGAAUUAUUUGUUCCUUAUAUUGGAAUUGUAACGAUCCUCAUGAAUGACUACCCUAAAUUUAAGUAUGCAGUACUUUUUUUGUUGGGUAUGUUCGUGCUGGUCCAUCGUGAGUAAGAAGCCUGCCUUGCUGUUCUGGGAAGAUGCUGUACUUUUUGUUACUGACUGUUCGGAGUAGAUACUGGUCUGUGAUUGGUGGAGUGGAGAACACAUAUGUCGGCACUUCUCGGUAGCACCGGUUUGCAUUAGUUUUGUUUCCACGCCAGAAUAUGUGCGGGCAGGCACAUGUGCACCAUGGAGUGCACUUGAGGGGACUUUCAGUCACAGGAUUUCAUAUGUUGUCAUUCUCAACACUUUCACAUUUUUGUACAUCAGUGAAUUUUUUAUAUUAAAAAGUUGAGCCAAAGCCCCCAGUGUUUGUAUUUUGAAGCCAAGCUUCACUUCUAAAGUGCCUACAGAGUCCUGAAAAUGCAGCUGUGCAUGAGCUCGGAAGCACCGUUCCUCCUUAUAAUGGGAAUGGUGUAGUUGAAGUAGUCGUUAAGUCUUAACUUUUCAGAAUUUUAAAUAAAAGACUUUGCACAUUGAA